UGUGUGCUGUGUGCUGUGUUUCUGCUUGGGAACAAUGAAGGAAAUGAAGAAAGAGGAACUUCGAACUGCUGCUGUGGCUGAGGACAUCAUUCGUGGCAAGGACGAGGCCAGUGUGGUACGCGUGCGUAUGUACCUUAUCGGCAAGUACGCCACAGGAAAGUCCAGCUUUGUCCGGGCACUGCUCGGUGAAGAGUUCAUUGAAAACGCGGACAGCACCGACUCCAUUUCCAUCCAUCGAUCCAGACUCAGAAUGCAUCUCUCCUCUCAAACCGCCACAGGCACACAAGAGGCAGCACAAGUUCUUGUGGAUGACAGUGAACAUAGUUUCUUUGUCAAUCUACUCACAGCUCACAACCGAUCAUCUGUAGAACUGGUCCAAAAGAUCAAGAAACGUCCGCAAGAAUCGAUCUUGUCCAAAGUCCAGACACUAUUCACUUCAUGGCUCACUUCGUCAUCUACUGAAUCCGCUACCGGCACCAGAGCAUCUGCUGCAUCCGCUGUCAACAAUGAGUUUGCCAAUGUUCCCCACGCUAAUGACCUGACCAAAGUGGCACCAGAUGUUCGCUCGUCUGUCAGCAAUAUCGAUAACAGUUCAAAUGAAGAGGAAGCAGCAUACGCGUUUCUUGAGCUGUGGCACAUGGGUGGACAGAUGCCGAUGUUGUUACAACAAAGCAUCUCGUUUUCAGUUUGUGACAGCGUGUACAUUGUGACUCUUGACAUGAGGUGUGACCUGGAUGAGGAGGUAACGGAAGACGUCUACCGCUUUGAUGGUCAGGAGAUUGUAACUUCUACACCGUUGCCAGGAAUGACACAGGCUGACUACCUUCACAUGUGUCUGUCACUGAUUGCUUUGCAGCAUAGCAGCAAUAGCAGCCACCAUCAUGAUGAGAGUAGCACAUCCAUCAUGGUUGUUGUUACACAUGUGGAUCUUGUCGACGACAACCAAAUAGAGAAGAAGAAGGACAUGUUCUUCAAUGCCGUGUGCAAGCUGGCUGAAAGGGCCGGACCCAACGUCAAGGUCUGUAGACCCUUCUUCGUUGACAAUCACCGUCUUCAAGAUCGCGUAUCUUGCCACAGCCAGCUUGCUGAAGCACAGCAAGAGCUCUCUAGAAUUGUCUCUACCUUUCCUGUCCAAGCAAUUCCCUUGAUGCAAGUAAAGAUAGAAGAAGCUAUUUCUCUCCACAAGACGGUAAUGCUGCGCUAUGCAAAGGCUGGGUGCAGUGAUGAUACAAUGCAAGCUACCAGUAGUGAUCAGCAGCAGCAGCAGCAGCGGCAGCAGCAGAGUUUUGUUAGUAUGGACUACCCACAGUUUGUAGACUUUUGUCGGCAUGUUAGCGGCAAAGAUCUCACCACUGCACAAGUGUCUGAUCUACUGCACCACCUUCAGCAACAUGGCACAGUGUUUUGCUGUGACUGCCCGCAUCCACUCACUUCAAGCGUCAUUUUCCUUGAACCCCAGCAGCUGCUGCUCAACUUUGUACGCUUGAUGACCUUCCCUCUGAAGGAGACAGCUUUUCCAAGCACCUCAGCAACAUUAGUCAGAGAAGUGCAACACUUUCGACGUACGGGAAUUGCCAGCGCGAGGUUGAUAGAGAAAGUUUGGUAUCCUCUCAGCCAUGUUGUCCAGCUAGCUCUCUGCAAAUCCAUGUGUUACUUCAACCUGGCAGCAGAACUUCAGCCCGCCAGCAGUGCAGCCACCGGCAGUACAGCCACCAGCAGUACAGCCACCAGCAGUACAGCCACCAGCAGUACAUCCACCAGCAGUACAGAUACCAGCACCGGAGGGUGUGGCAGUAGAGUCGGCGGCAGCAGCAACAGCAGCAGCAUCAGCAGACAAGACAGAUGUCCGGUUGUCACGCCAGGCCUACCCGACCUCUUCAUCCCGUUCUGUUGCAACCAGGAAGCAUUACGGUUGGUUUUGGAGGAUGAUGUCCCCUUUAAGCUACCGUUUAACCACCUCAGUUUCCCUGGGAUGCUGUUUCCUCCACCACUGUUCGGUCGCUUAGUCACCUACAUAAUUCAUCGUAUGAUGAAAGAGCCAGCCAGUCUUCAGUUCGCAUCCAGUGCGACAUCACUGAAUUUGGAGGUUGGUUGUAGUCAAGUAUGCCUCUGCUGGACACCAACAGGUGUUCGCUUAGAAUGCGCUGCUGAUACACCAUCCAUACUUGCUGAUGUGGCUUGGGAUAUGAAGAGUGCAAUUGUUGACUUCACACAAGUUCUCAGCACCCAAGGGGACCAGCAGUUCACAGUUGUUGGCGAGUCAUUUGUCUGCACUUCCACAUCAUGCCAGGAUCGCCUGAAGGAAUGCAGCAGUCCUGCAGAAGUGCUGGUAUACUCUUCGUGGGUGUUGCUGACCAGCUUGCAAAAGAGGCAUUUCUUGAUGUCAUACGAGUCGGAUAGGAACACUGCUCUGAACUUCAAGGCAACGUGUGCUACGUGCAAGGAGAGGGUCAUUGUCCCGAGGUCCUUCUGGCCCUGGCUGCGUAAGGAUGUGCCAUUUGUCCAAGCUGAGCAGCCACUAGCAGCAGCAGCAGCAGGGCCACCAGCAGCAGUGCCACUAGCAGCAGCAGUGCCACCGCCAGCACCAAUGCCACCACCAGCAGCAGUGCCACUAGCAGCAGCAGUGCCACCAGCAUCAGUGCCACCAACAGCAGCAGUGCCACCAGCAGCAGCAGUGCCACCACCAGCAGCAGUGCCACCAGCAACAGUCCCACCAGCAGCAGCAGUGCCACCAGCAACAGUCCCACCAGCAGCAGCAGUGCCACCAGCAGCAGCAGUGCCAGCAGCAGGACAAUCAGCAGCAGCAGCUGCAUUACCUCUGCCAUCACCAUCAUCAUCACCAGCAGCAGUGGCAGCAGCAGCAGCGGCAGUUCCACCACCACCAGCAGCAGUGCCACUAGCACCAGUGCCACCACCACCAGCAGCAGCAGUGCCACCAGCACCAGUGCCACCAGCAGCAGUGCCACUAGCAGCAGCAGUGCUACCAGCAGCAGUGCCACUAGCAGCAGCAGUGCCACCACCAGCAGCAGCAGUGCCACCAACAGUAGCAGUGCCACCAGGAUCAGCAGUUCCACCACCAGUAGCAGAGCCACCAGCAGCAGCAGCAGUGCCACCAGCACCAGUGCCACCAGCAGCAAUGCCACUAGCAGCAGCAGUGCUACCAGCAGCAGCGCCACUAGCAGCAGCAAUGCCACCACCAGCAGCAGCAGUGCCACCAACAGCAGCAGUACCACCACCAGCAGCAGCAGCAGUUCCAUCACCACCAGCAGUUCCACCACCAGCAGCAGUGCCACCAGCAGCAGCAGUGCCACCACCAGCAGCACUGCCACCAGCAGCAUCAGCAGCAGUGCCACCAGCAGGAGCAGCAGUGCCACCAGCAGCAAUGCCACCAGCAGCAGUGCCACCAGCAGGAGCAGCAGUGCCACCAGCAGCAGUGCCACCAGCAACAGUCCCACCAGCAGCAGCAGUGCCACCAGCAGGACAAUCAGCAGCAGAAGCUGCAUUACCUCUGCCAUCACCAUCAUCAUCAUCAUCACCAGCAGCAGUGGCAGCAGCAGCGGCAGCAGCAGCGGCAGCAGCAGCGGCAGCAGCAGCAUUAGUACCCGCAGAGGCAGUUUCAUGCCAACGGUCAACAUCACCACUGAAAGUUUUGUCAGACAUUUCUCAUUUUCGAAACUUCAGCCGAAGCGUUGAAGGGUGCGUCAGCCGCCUUAAACGUGAGGACUUUGCCCAAGCCGUUGCAAUACUGAUUGACCCAGAGUACAGCAACCAUUUCAAAGACGACAUGCAAGACUUUAUUGUGAGAAACGACUAUGGCACCACUAACAUACCGGAUAAUAUGCAUGGUGUUAUCAAGUGGGCCGUGGACAAAGCUGGAACGCGCGAAGUCACCCUGGCCGAGUUGAAGAAGAUAGCGCUAGACCUGAAUCCGGACAAGAAGAAAAGGAUUGAGAAAACAUUCCAUGUUGAAAAAUGGUGAGGCGUCAUCUUGAAGCUGCCCUGCCCAGCGGUGGCCUCUAUUCGUUCCUGGCUAAGCUGUCAACUGUCUCCAUUCUACUGGUAGUGAGUCGCUCGACAGCAGAACACCUCAAGCAUCUGAAGACCAUCUUCCAUCACUUGGCAGAGUAUGGUCUGGUGGUCAUUGUCAGCAAGUGUGUCUUCAUGCAGCCCUUCCGUGACAUUCCUUGGUCACAAUGUCAAAGCCGCUGUCGGCGGCGGCAUUGAGACACCGGCAGAGGAAGUCAAGGCCAUGGUGGACUACCCUGCUCCAGAUACUCACUCUGCUCUCUACCUCGCUUUCUAGGUUUGGUAAAUAUCUACCGACGCUUCAACCCGGAUUGUGCAUGCAUUCUUCAGCCGCUCGCGGAUUUGUUAGCAGGCCCUCAAUCUCCCACGAAUCUUUGUUGCGAACGUCGAGAUGAAAUACAUGAAAAUGAAUUCUGAAUAACUAAUUUAUGUAUUUUGCAUUACAUGACGAUGAUUAACAUUAGUGUUUUCGUAUAUACCAUGACAAUGAUUGUACUCUCUUACUCUCUUACAUUGUGGCUGAUUCCACGCUUGGGUUAGCAGAAUUCUGGUUCCCUAUCUUCAUUUCUAAGGAUUGAUUCCAUUCCACUUCGAAGUAGCUUCGAAAGGAGUCUUCGUUUCUCUAUCCUUUGCAUUUCGUUCUGAAACAAAUGUUUCGUUAUGUUUUCAUAUCGUGAGUAGUCUCACGCUCUUGAUUUGUUUUGCUCAGGCAUGACUUUCCUUUCUGUUCUUUUUGUUAUGCAUGACCAUGAUGACGUAUUGGUAUGAUGUAUAUGUGUAUGUGAUCACUUGACCACGUGACUAUGUGUUCACUAACUACAGACAGUAGGCUAGUGCACUUUAGCAAUUCGCUCUCCUUGCUGCUAAUUCUUCUCCAUUUCUAUUUUGUCGCUGCACUAGUUUCUUUUUCCACCAUUCCACGUCAAUGAAAGUCGUCGUCGCCA